AUGGCCUCCCCCCAGCUCGCUGGCGCAUCUAGCAAACCCGCCGACUACGUAUAUUUUGAUCGUACCACCUCUGGUUUCUCGGAUGACGCCGUUGCGCGCGCUAAAGCUGCUCAGCUGAAACUGGAGCACUUCUACAAAGUUGCUGUAGAUGCUGCGAUCGAACGAAACACGAGGCGAGUGGAGUUGGAGCGGAAGUUGGCAGCGGAUGCCACCCUCACCGACGAGCGCAAGCAGCGCCAAUUAGCUGCGCAUGGCAGGAAGGAAUCGACAUAUCUCAGGUUACGGCGGACGAAACUAGGCCUGGAUGACUUCAGGACGGUAAAGGUCAUCGGGAAGGGCGCGUUCGGAGAGGUUCGCUUAGUGCAGAAGACGGAUACCGGCCGGAUUUACGCGAUGAAGACCCUGAGGAAAGAAGAAAUGCUUAAGAAAGAUCAGCUCGCGCAUGUACGUGCCGAGCGUGAUGUCCUCGCGGAAUCCAACUCGCCAUGGGUCGUCCAACUCUUCUACUCCUUUCAAGAUCCCGUCUACUUGUACCUCAUCAUGGAGUUUCUGCCCGGCGGUGAUCUGAUGACCAUGUUGAUCAAGUACGACACAUUCUCCGAAGACGUGACGAGAUUCUACAUGGCGGAGUGUGUACUUGCUAUUGAAGCCGUUCAUAACCUAGGCUUCAUCCAUCGUGACAUCAAGCCCGACAACAUCCUAAUCGAUAAGGAUGGGCACAUCAAGCUCUCCGACUUCGGUCUUUCCACUGGAUUCCAUAAACAACACGAUUCCAGCUACUAUCAACGCUUGCUAGACUCGGCUAAUGGCGUCACCUCGCCUACUGCGGCGCAGGCUGCGAGGAACAGCGUCAUGGUCAACGCGAUCCAUUUGACGAUGACGAGCAAGGAUCAAAUCGCUACCUGGAAAGCAAACCGUCGGAAGCUGGCUUAUUCCACCGUCGGGACCCCCGAUUAUAUCGCACCAGAGAUCUUCCUCCAACAAGGAUAUGGGAAUGAGUGUGACUGGUGGUCUCUUGGCGCUAUCAUGUUCGAAUGUCUGGUCGGCUACCCGCCGUUCUGCUCUGAAUCCACGCACGAGACGUACCAAAAAAUUAUCAACUGGCAGCACUAUCUGGCAUUCCCAGACGAUGUGCAUCUCAGUCCGGAAUCCGAAGACAUGAUCCGACGGCUCAUCUGUUCACCUGAUCGACGACUUGACGUUCAAGGGAUCAAGCAGCAUCCGUUCUUCUACGGUGUUGAUUGGGAUUCGAUCCGCGAUAUCGAUGCUCCGUUCAUACCUCGGCUGCGCUCGAUCACUGACACUUCGUACUUUCCGACGGACGAACUUGACGAAGUUCCAGAUGAACCUGCUGGUGCGGAUACGUCCGGGGCUAACAAGGACCUUGCUUUCUUGGGAUACACAUUCAAGAGAUUCACAAUUAACGACCGCGCCGGCUGAGGCUCACGAGACACUAGUCUACAUCUUGAUCGCAGCUGGCCUGGGUCACUAUUGACAGCUACAUACGGAGGGUUGCGCGUGGAUUCCAAACACUUGU